CUCGGGGGCCUUUAUUCUCUCCCUUCAGCAUAACUGACAGGUUCAGCCCUCGGUUUCGUGCCCUUCGUUCUUCUCGUCUUUCUUGUCGCCCUUGACUCCCUUUGCCUAACCCGUCUGUGACGGCUGCAAGUGCCAUUCAUUCACUCUCGAUCUCCUAACCAGCUGUCCACAUCACCUUCCCCUCUUCGACAAGCAUAAUGCGAGUGGCAUCUUUCCUUACCGCUGUCGCCUUCGCCGCCGGAGCGUUGGCUGGCCCGAUCUAUUCCCGCACCACUCAAGUCACUGAUGUCAAGUGCACUGACCCAAACACGACAUUGGACUCUCACACAUCCAACGUAGCCCUCCUUCAAAUUUGCGGCGGCAUUGCCGGGUCUAUCCAGAAGUGCCAAGGCAACCCAACCACGACCACCGGUGAGAGCGGCAAUGUCCGCUUCAGCAUCACACCCGUGGUUCAGGGUGCCACCAUCAACGUCUCGAAGGGUCGGUGGGAGCAGGGCAUUAAGGCAGCUUUCGCAGUCUGUGGGCAAAAUAAGCCUUUCGAGGCUACCUUUGACAAGGGUGCGAGCACGGGGGAUAUAAGGGUGACGUACGGGCCGAAGUAGGGUUGGAAUGGGAUAGAACGCUUUCUGGCGGUUCGCUUGUUGAGGCAGUAGAUACAUUACUAGUACUGCC